CUGGACUAUACAAGACAAUACAGAUGAUGUGAUACAAUAUUGACAGUAUGAGUAUUAAAUAUGAAUACAGAAUAUAUGACAGGUCAGUUAUGCACAUAAAGUGUAAAAGUGCAUGUUAGUGCAAAAUAACAGUAAUGUGCAAUAUUAUGCUUUUUGUACAAUAUACAGCAGUAGUGUGUGUAACAUAUACGGAUGAUGUAAUGACUGACAGUUCUGAUAAUGCAGUACUUAUUAUGAAGCAGGGAGCUGUCUCUGGCAGUUUUAGUAAACAAAGUUCUGUAGCACCUGAGAGAAGGGAGAAGCUGAAAGAGGUGUCCUGAGUGUGAAGGUCGGAGAGCACCAGCUAACAGGGCACAAGGUUGCUGUUAAGAUCCUGAACAGGCAGAAGAUUCGCAGUCUAGAUGUGGUCGGCAAAAUCAAACGAGAAAUCCAGAACCUUAAGCUGUUCCGGCAUCCACACAUCAUCAAGCUGUACCAGGUGAUCAGUACCCCGACUGACUUCUUCAUGGUGAUGGAGUAUGUAUCUGGUGGCGAGCUCUUUGACUAUAUCUGUAAACAUGGAAGGGUAGAGGACACCGAAGCACGACGCUUGUUCCAGCAGAUCAUCUCUGCAGUGGACUACUGCCACAGACAUAUGGUGGUGCACAGAGACCUGAAACCAGAGAAUGUCCUUCUGGACGGCAACAUGAACGCCAAGAUCGCCGACUUCGGACUGUCCAACAUGAUGUCAGAUGGCGAGUUCCUGAGAACAAGUUGUGGUUCACCUAACUACGCUGCCCCAGAGGUCAUCUCCGGAAGACUGUAUGCAGGUCCAGAGGUGGAUAUCUGGAGCUGCGGUGUGAUCCUGUACGCACUGCUGUGUGGCACGUUGCCCUUCGAUGAUGAGCAUGUACCCACGCUCUUCAAGAAGAUCCGUGGAGGAGUGUUCUACAUCCCUGAGUACCUCAAUCGCUCUGUGGCAAGCCUGGUAAUGCACAUGCUUCAAGUGGACCCUCUGAAGAGAGCCACGAUCAAAGACAUCAGAGAAGACGAGUGGUUUAAGCAGGAUCUGCCCGACUACCUGUUCCCCGAGGACGCUUCAUAUGACAGUGCGGCGGUCGACGAGGAAGCUGUGCGUGACGUUUGUGAGAAGUUUGAGUGCGCUGAGUCAGAGGUGCUCAGCAGCCUGUACAGCGGCAACCCGCAGGACCAGCUGGCUGUCGCCUACCACCUCAUCAUCGACAACCGCCGUAUCAUGAACCAGGCCAGUGAGUUCUACCUGGCCUCUAGCCCACCUGCUGGCUCCUUCAUCGAUGAGAACAUUAAGCCACACCCCGAGAGGAUGCCCCCACUGCUAGCAGACAGUCCCAAGUCCCGGUGCCCACUAGACGCCCUAAACACCACCAAGCUCAAACCUCUGGCAGUGAAAAAGUCUAAGUGGCAUCUUGGUAUACGCAGUCAGAGCAGACCCUACGACAUCAUGGCUGAAGUGUACCGUGCCAUGAAGCAGCUUGAGUAUGACUGGAAGGUGGUGAACCCCUAUCACCUGAGGUUGCGCAGGAAGAACCCAGUGACUGGAAACUUUGUGAAAAUGAGCCUGCAGCUCUAUCAGGUGGACAACCGCAGUUAUCUACUGGAUUUCAAAAGCAUUGACGAUGACAUCAUCGAGCAGAAAUCGGGCUCGUCCACGCCUCGACGCUCCGGCUCUGCUGCCGGUCUUCACCGGCCCCGUCUCAGCAUCGACUCUGCAGCCAUCUCCAUGGAUAUAACACCGCUCAGCAGCUCACUGCCAUGCUCUCUGCCAGGCAACAUGCCCAUGCUGGCACCACGACAGGGUAGCCAUACCAUGGACUUCUUUGAGAUGUGUGCCAGUCUCAUCACUACACUGGCACGCUGAAGCGCUCUCUCUCACACACACACACACACACACACACACACACACACACACACACACACACACACACACACACACACACACACACACACACACACACACACACAUUCACAAACCCACUCAUUUAUGCACAGUGACAGGAAUAUUUAAACCAUUAGAAGGUUGGUUCACAUGACCUUUUUAGAUUUAGCCACAAAUAACAGUUUUCUGCCUCUCUCUUACACACACACACACACACACACACACACACACACACACUCACUUAGACAUGAUUACAUACAUGAUGCUUGCUGUUAUACUGACCGUUCAAGUUCAUUGUAGCAGCGCGGCAUUCUGGGGCCUUUCCAGAUUUCAGAGUGCUUCAUCUUUUUGUGUUUUUUUUUAUAUACAUAACAUUUUGAUAAAUAUAAUCUAUUUAUAUUCUCUUCUCAAUCACUUUAGAGUUGCUGGUUGAUUGCAAUGACAUACCAAAAAUUAUGUUUGUACACAUUCAUAUGCAAGAGAUUAUACAUUUAUUAUAUAUUAGAUUAUUUAUUUUUUAGAGAUAAUUGCUAAAUGCUAUUUAGUUUCUUUAUUUGAGCGUGUUAUACGAGUGAUAAAUUAAAUGGUUUGUUGUGAAACGGGCAUCAAGAGCAUGACAAGCGUGUCAGCAAAUACAUCCCGACGACGUUGUAGAGCACAACACGACUGCAGCUCGAGUAGCAGAAGCGAGCAUGAAAUUUAAUAGCAUUUCCCAUCUGGAAGUAAAUAUAGAUGGGUUCCCUUAAGAGCAGUGCCUUUUCUGCUGGACAGUGUUGCGCUAGUGACUGGUAAACGAACGUCGACGUUCAGUCAGAGAAGUCGACAGGAAAAGAGCAAGAGGGUGAAGGAGUGCUGGCCGUAAUCGAGCGUAGAGGCACAUUUAUAGCUCGAUCUCUGGGACCGAGCAAGAUAUAGAGCAAGACCAAGAAGCCUUUAUUUGUCACAUAUACAUCAUAGCACAGUGAAAUAGAUAUUUUGUUGUAUGAGGUUGAGGCAAAGCAUAGAAAGGGGAGAGAGAAGGAGAGGCCAAAAGAUGAAUAGUGGAUAAGAGAUUUACAUCCUCAAAGUGGGAUCUAAUAGGAGGGGAUACAAGGAAGUGAUAAAAAAAAAACAACAUAGCAACAGAUGCAUUUCUUUCUAGACAUGUGACACUGUACGGAGCGUGAGAUGGCAUGUAUUUGGUGGCAUUUGGCAGAGAGAUUAAAGACAUGAGUAUUUAUUUAAGGGUUAAAACCAUUCAGCGUUUCCUGUGAUGCCAUAAAAACCCACAUAUUAUAUUGUUUCUGACGAUUUACGCUUCAGGACAUUUUGUGUGAACGUGCACAGAUCUGUUAGAUGUGUGCGUCUCGUUCCUUCCAGCACUGGAUUGUUCAGAGCCACUGGAAGCAUAAUUUUCUCUAGGACUCUAGGACCCCUGAAAGAGGGCUUGGGGAGUACAGGAAUGUGAUAGUCUUCUAUCUCACCGUCUUAAUUCUUGUCAGUUAGAUAAAUAAAUUAAGUAAAAGAGAGAAAGAAAAACAUAAUUUUUGGUAAAAAAAACAAAAAAAAAAAAACAUGCCUAUGAUUUCGAAGUAUCUUCCUGGUGAAAAAAAUCAAUUUAGGACAAAUCCAAGUUUAGUUCUAGUGACUUCCAGCCAGUCUGUGGCAUAACGCCUGGCAUUCUACCACACGAGACUGUACCGAGAAAACGGUAUAACAUGAAAUGGCUUCCAGCCAAAGCAUGACGUUUGUGCAUCAGUGUGUUUUUUCCCUUAUGUGUUUUUUUUUUAUUAUUAUUAUUUUUAUUUUAUUUGGAUUUUUUUUACUAUGUUAGAUGUACUGUAUUGUUUCAGGAGGUCAAUGCAUCAUCCAUAUCUGAAUGUAAAAAAACAACAUUGUGGAUGUUCUGUUGUUCAGUGGGCAUAUCGUGCCUUAUCGUGUCUGUUUAAAAAAAAAAAAACAAGCAUACAGCUAAGGUCAUACAGUACGUUUAAAUAUGCCUGGCAGAAUGGGCAAAAUGUACUGAAUUUUUUACAAGCUACAAAUAACAAUAAGAGGGAUCUGAAGACGUUAUUGCACGUGACAGAUGUUUCAAACAGGAUGAUGAGUAUACAUUUUUCUUUAAAAUGAUUUUUUUUUAUUUAAUCCUCUCCUUAGAAGCUACAUAAGACGUUUCCCACAAGACAAAGUAACAACGAUUUACACCCAUCAUCCUGUUCAAAAGUUUACACCCCCACCCCCACCCAUC